UUGUGUAGCGUCGCUGUCGUUGUCGGCGUGAUCGUGUUGCCUGUUGUCUUGUGUUGUUUAUGACAUACCUGUCAACGUUUCAGUGUCAAAAAUAUUAAAAUUUGCUUGAUUUACUUGUUCAAUAAUUUGUUAUUUCCAAAAUACUCAAUAAUAAUUUUCAUUUAAGCUUAGGUAUAUAUAUUUUUACCAACACGUAUAGGUUUUGCACCGUCCCUAGGCCAAUUUAUCUCGAUUAGGUCUAGUAAGUGUAACUUGUCCCUUCUGUUCAGUGAACUUUUCUAUCAGUUUUUAAAUAUCACCAGAUAAAUCUAAUCCCUCAUAAUGUCUGGCCAGUGGGAAGUUGUGGGAAAGAACAAAAAAGACAAGCAGUCGGGAAAGAGUAAAAAGCUGUCCAAAGAUGAAAAGAAAAAGUUUGUUGACAAUGCACCGAAAGUGGAAGACCUUAUACCAUUGGCACAAGUGAAGACAUUGUAUUCAGCUUUGGACACCAACAAGGAACUUCCAAAACCUGUUGAAAAGGCUGUAAAAACCAAAGAAAACGAAGCAAAAAAGGCUCAAAAGAAACCUAAGGAAAAGAAAGAGCCUGUGAAAGAAAGUAGGCCACCUAAAACUAUAGAUGCUGCAGUCGCAUUGAUAACCGCAGUUGACGUGCAGAACGUGCUGGAGGUGGGGCAGGCUAGGUUUCCUGACGCACCUCUAGUGUGGCUCAAAGGGUUUGCUUCGUGGCUCAACACCAAACUGCCUGUUGAUCACACGGAUAAUACGUUUACUGCCAAGAGUUGGGAAUACCCUCUGUGUUUGCUACACAAAGAUAUCAGGUCUGUUCUAAAGAAAGCUUUGAAAGAGGUGCCUGAUGCUGCAGUCCAGAUGUUCUUUGAUUACUGCCUUACGUCAAUGGCAAAUGAUAUGACCAAAGGCAGUCCAGUGACGGGAUACAAGAUGUUGCUACAGUUGGUAGCAUCGCAGACUCCAUCUGUCGCGGUGGCAGACCUGGCGAAGGCUGCGACGUUACGUCACUCAUACCAGAACCGUCCCGCUAUCGGAUGCUCGGUGAUGUGGGCGCUUGGACAGGGCGGAUUCAAAGACAUCCUUGCUGGACUUCAGGUGUGGAAGCACGUGAUGUUCCCAGUGUAUCCGUUGAGGAAUUACACACACUUUGUAACCGACUACCUCAAGCAUCUCCUAGCCAGACAUUUAGCCAGCAAAACGAUUACAGCCAAACACUACUUGGACAUUGUAGAUGUGGUUAUUUCCUCAACACAACCAGCGAACCACGAGCUGUGGAGUCACUUGAAGACCUUACAGGAGAUAUUGUGUAACUCCCAGCCUAGCAACUCUCUACACAGUCUGGUGGAGCCGCUGUUGACAAGACUGAGUAGCAACAGCUCACCUCCUCUAAGGCAAGAGCUGGUCAGAUAUCUGUGCCACUGUCUGGCUACGGACACCCAGAGUUGGUCUGAGUGGAGGAGAGUCUACACUAAACUACAACCUCAGUCCGCUAUUCUCCUUAGGCGUCUCAUGUCAGCUGGUCAGAUAUCUGUGCCACAGUCUGGCUACGGACACCAAGGGUGUCUGAGUGGAGGAGAGUCUACACUAAACUACAACCUCAGUCCGCUAUUCUCCUUAGGCGUCUCAUCUGGCUACGGACACCAAGGGUGUCUGAGUGGAGGAGAGUCUACACUAAACUACAACCUCAGUCUGCUAUUCUCCUUAGGCGUCUCAUCUGGCUACGGACACCAAGGGUGUCUGAGUGGAGGAGAGUCUACACUAAACUACAACCUCAGUCCGCUAUUCUCCUUAGGCGUCUCAUGUCAGCUGGUCAGAUAUCUGUGCCACUGUCUGGCUACGGACACCCAGAGUUGGUCUGAGUGGAGGAGAGUCUACACUAAACUACAACCUCAGUCCGCUAUUCUCCUUAGGCGUCUCAACGCAGACUGGGAAUCCGUCAGUUCCCAGCUUCCGUUGAAGAAUCUCAAGGAAACUUUGAGGACUUUUAAGGUCACUAACGACGACCUUCACAAGAGCAAGCAGAGAAAUGAAGGCCUGCAGGAGUGCUCUAGGCUUUGUGUGGCUCUUCUUGAAAAAAUCUCUGGAUCCAAGAAAUCAUUCCCUUGGAAAACCAUUGUUUUUGUGGUGUUUUUGGCCGUGGCUGGUGCAGUGGCUUUUGAUUCCAAAGUUCACAACGGAUUCAAAGCAUCCAAAACUGGAGUCUUUCUGAAAGACAUUGGAGCUUUGAAGUACGGUGAACAAGCCUUUGACAGAAUAAAAGAAGUUUCCAUUCAAGGCUACAGAUGGAGUGAAGUGAACGUGCCUCUAUACACCGCCAAGGCCAGGGAACUGCUGGGUCCGUAUGUGUCAGUGGCUGUAGACGCAGUGACGUCUCUCUCUCUACAAGUGAUGGCUGCGGCCAGAGCUGCUGUUCAAUAUUGUGUGGACAAGAAACCAGUCGUGGAGCAAUGGGUUAACCAGUACGCGCCAGGACUUGCACAGACUGUCACGGUUUGGGCUCACAACUGCUGGGAACUCGUCAAACAUUACGGGCUCCAAGCUGGAACUUUGGCGUUAAAAUAUCUCUCUGUAUCAGCCGAAUGGCUCAAAGAGAAUGUUUUUGUGGGAAAAUUUUCUCCAGAAAAUCUUCAGAGAGUUACUCUGGAGGCUCUAAACACCACUCAGGCUUUUGCUAUUCAGACUAUGUCCUGGAUCAACAGCAAAAUGGUUACAACCGGAGCUGAAAAAGUGUAACCGGCAUGUUCGACGCCAUCCCAACAUGUUACGAUGCCACGACGUCGCAUCAAAAUGAUGCAACUGACGUCACAACUCUCACUACACGAGUCAUUCCACAAGACUGCCUUAAGGUUUUGGAUUUGCAUUUCUACUUUUAUUUUUACCACCUUGUAUAUUGUGUAAUAAAGUUGUUUUGAUUA